UAGUGUGGCCCUUGCGCGUGUAUUACGGAGUAGUACUAUAUAGUAGCAGCAGUAUAUCACCGCCUACAUGUAUACCUUUUCUCCUUCCUCCCAUUUCUUUCCUUCCUUUCCGAUCAAUCCACUCCAUCGAUGUAAUCCACCCUUUUACCUGAAAGAACAUAACAUCUUUGACUCAUCUUGGAACCCCAUACCAGAAAUGAGGAAUCAGAAGCUCAAAGGUCAUUUCUUUAUCUUCUGCAAGUCUUUUCUCUGCACAUUUUCUCCGUCGUAUAUGUGAUACUCCGUACAGUAUUCAUAUUAUGCAGAGGAAAACGGCUGCUUAUUAGACAAAAUGUAUGUAAAAGUAACAGAAACACCCACGGAACAGAGGCAUCUCGAUGAAUGUGGAGGGUUUUUUGUUUUGAAAAAAUGUGAUAGCAGAGGGUUUGGAUACAUGGUUUUUAUUGAAGGUCUUCUUCUCUUCAUGCACAUGGGUUUUCACUUUUCACUGAUUAGGGGAUUUCAAAACAAAAUAAAAGAGAAGAAAAGAAAAAUCUGCAUGUGGUAGCUAUAUUUCUGUAGGUGUGGGUAUUUAAUUUAUUUUAUUUAUGUAAAAUCGCAAUAACAGGAAUGGAAGAUAGUGAUAAGAAGAAGGGGCUAUGGCUGCCAGACAGCAUAAUGGCAGAUAUACUGUGCAGAUUGCCCUCAAAAGCACUGGCCAGGCUGAGGUUCGUUUCAAAGGAAUGGCAGUCCAUCGUCUCCGAUCGGACAUUUGCCGCACUUCAUCUCACCAUGAAACGACGACGUCCCAAAGAGAAGCUGUCUGGAUUCUUCCUCCAAGGCAGGCGCUAUUGGUGCGACGAGGACAUCAAAUCUGUGAGCUACGUAGCUUGUUCCGAUGACGAUGACGUCAGAGAGGCGGCAGAGAAGAGCGUGCUGAGCUUUCUCCCGGAAGAGGUGGUCAUUCUUUCUUCCAUUCAAGGCAUUCUCUGCUGCCGAAGCUUCUUCCCCUCACCUUCUUCCUCUCGACCCCGUCUGGUCUAUGUCUGUAACCCUCUCACAAAGGAAUGGACUUCUCUCGAAUGGCCUCACCCUCCUAAAGAAAAAGAAACCAGCACUGCCUUGGUUCUCCACCUCUGCACUUCCCUUACUGACGUUUCCACAGAUUUUCAUCUCGUUUCAGUUUGCCAAAGAGUGGCCACCACAAUGACCGACUUGGGGAAUGUCCAAGAGGAAGAUGAAGAGGAUGAUGAGUUCGAGUUCCGGUUCAAGACAUACUCAUCCCAAACAAAAGAAUGGCGAGAGUCGAAAGAGGUGUGCAUUUGCAGCAACAAGUUGCAGAAGAAGGGGUGUAGUGUGGGUGGGGAAGGCGGCAGAAUCAUAUACUGGCUGACAGAGGAUAACCGUGUGCUGAUGUUUGAUUUUAGGAAUGAUCUUUGUUGGAUGAUCAAGGCACCUUUUCCGUCUUCGGAGCUGAACUUCACACCCGGGGUGUGUUUGGGAGAAGGAGGUGAUGAUGGGAGGCUGCAGUAUGUGCUGAUUUCCCAGGAUGGGUUCAUGGUAUGGGAGCUGGAUGAUCAGUUUGCAUCCCUUUGGUCACUCAAGUACUUCAUAGCUCCCGAUGAGCUGGAGAAGGAGAAUCCUGAAAGCAUGUUUCGCAUCUCCAAGAGACUGCAGUGUCAUCUCACUAUUGAGUCAGGUCCUUGGAUCAAUCCUUUGUCAUUCAGAGAUUCAACUCUUCUGCUGUGGAUAUAUCCUGAUAUCCAUGUGUUCGACUUCGACACGAGGAAGGCAAAAUUGUUAUGCCUUGAUUCCGCUUUAGGACUGAGCUCUUGUUUAUCCCCCAUUGUCAUUCCAUACACCAUGAGCUUGGUUCCUUUAGGUUAAGGACGCAUAUGAAGAGAAGUGCUGGAAGGAGUGUUCCUCAGAUCUGUUUUGGUCUCAUUGUCAAACUUUACCAGCACCCAUUUUGUUGAUCACAAGGGGGCGGGAAUGCAUUCAAUAGCUGUUGCUUUUUUGCUCACUACCUUAGUAAACUGCACCACUGCAUAUAUAUAUAUAUAUAUAUAUGUAUAUAUAUAUAUAUGUAUAUAUAUAUAUAUAUGUAUAUAUAUAUAUAUAUAUAUAGAUAUAUAUAGAUAUAGAUAUCUCAUAUUAGCUCAAGUAACCUGCUUAUUAUGAACUAGAGUCCUAGUAAAGGCAAGUUGACACUUUUUUGUACUCACAAUUGGAGAAUUAGUCAUUGGGUAAAGUUUAAUUUUUGCAUUUGGCUUGGGCCUUUUUAGCAUUUGGAUCGAUUACAAUUUGA